UAUUACCGCGUAUUUAAAAAAAAAAUCGGAUGUAAACGUGAGCACCCGGAAUAACAAGAGGGUUGUCAGGACCACUUCCGGGAGCACGCACUACAACAAGAUGGCGACCCCUAUGCACAGGCUUCUUGCUCGCAGGAAAGCGGAUGCAGACAAAGAAACCGUGCGGUGUCAGAAGUGCCUAGAGCUGGGCCACUGGACAUAUGAGUGUUCGAGCACACGUGCCUACAAGCAGCGACCCACACGAACCGCUCUGCUCCAAAAGCAGCUGAAGGAGCUUUCACAAAGGCCAGCUCUGCCCGUGCCACCUCCACCCAGCACUGUCGUGGAGGAAAAGAUAAAAAAGGCAAAGUCGAAGACAAAGUCAAAGAAACGGGCUCACAGUGUCAGCAGCAGCAGUGACAGCAGCAGCAGCGACAGCAGCAGUAGCAGCGACAGUGACAGCAGCUCAUCGAGUGACGAUGACGACACCUCAUCUUCAUCAUCGUCAUCCUCGUCAUCAUCUUCUUCCUUGGACUCGGAUAGCGAGGACUCGUCAUCAGAUUCAGACUCGUCAUCCUCCGAUUUGUCAUCCUCAUCAUCCUCAUCGUCGGACAGCUCAUCCGAUGAGGGGGGAAAGGAUGAGGACCCACCAGCCAAGAAACGGAGGCGCAAGAAACGGGAAUGAUGUGGUACACAGGACACACACGGCGCAUACACGCGCAAUACAUGAAUACAUUACUCAUGCAGUAUAAGCAGAGCACCUACAUAACGCAGAGACCACGCAGUAAACAUUACACAGGGGACACAUUGUACAUGCAUUGUACACAAAUACAUUUGCAUGCUACACUAAGCGUGCACAUGACAUGCUGUAGACACUGCACAAAGUACACACAAUGUGUACUGUUCACAUGGUGUGUGUUAGGCAUGAAACAAUUUGCGCUCACGAUUCAAUAAAUGGUGAUGAUACGUUUC